AUGACAAGCAACCAUGAUGAUUUCAAUGAAAAAAUAGUAGAAUUAAUUAUCAACAAACAACAACAUGAGGAUGAUAUUAAGAUCUUGGAAACACAAGAAGAAUUAGGUAAUACAAUUGAUUUAACGAUGCUUCAACUUGAAAUAACUUGGCGAAAUCUUGAAGUUCAAGCUAUGCAGGCAAAUAUUAAUUUUCUUCGAUAUAAACAAGACAAGCUUGAUAGCUUACGAUCAACUCACGAACAAAUUGAAUUAAGUGAAACUAUUCAAAAAACUUUGAAUUGA